UAAUGAAAUAAAAUGUAAAUAUACGGAAACAAUACAAUAUAAGUGUAAAAUAUUUGUGCAAAAAUAUCUGUACAGAAAAAAGAAAAACAAAUGAAAAGGAACAGGAAGGAAUAAGAAGAUUAAAAAAAUGAGACAUCAAAACUAGCACUUGUGCAAAAAAGGUUCUCUGUAAAAAUAAAGGAUUUACAAAUCUUCAUGACGCACAGAGGAAAUAAUUAAAAAAAUGAAACAACAAGUUGUUGUGCAAAAAUAAAGGACUUUUUAUACAAAUAAUAAUAAUAAUAGUUUUUGAUAAAAUAAUAAAAAAUGCAGUGGUAUUAUAAUGUUUUAGUUCGUCGACCAUAUCUUAUGGUCUUGUUUAUUGCUGUUUUAUGUAUAGCCUGUAUUAUUGUAUCAUUGACUACAAACAAUUUGCCAGAUUUUACGGAUCCAACAUUGGGAUUCGAAACUCGUGGUACCGAAAUUGGUAAACGUUUAAUCGCUUGGCAUAAUUUAUUACAAGAAACUGGUCCUUCAAAUUUACUGGUAGCGGACCCAAAUGACUUAGCGGUUAUGAAUAGAGCUCAUAAUAUGGACCGAAAUGAUUUCGAUAUCGAUGGUUAUCCUACAAUAACAAGAAAAAACAAAAAGCGUAAAAACCGAAAACCUAAAAACAGACACAAGCUAAGAAAAGAGAAUCAGAAAAAAAAAUCGAAUGCGGAAUUAACAAAAAAAAUAAUAACAUUCAAGGAACGUUUAAAAGGUAAAACGUCCAAAAAAGAACCUAACGAAGGUGAGAAAAACACAACAUAUUCGGCCAAUGUUUGGCACGGUGAUAGUGGUAUAUUUAAAGAUUAUGAAAUAACGAAUGAUUCCUUGGUAUCAUCACCUGCUUCCAUUGCAAUGAGUGACCAUGAAAUUGCCUACGGUCGCAACAUGACUUUUGUCGAUGAAGAUGAUCAACGGGAUCGUAUUCAUGCAAAAAAGAGUACAUGGAGUAUACUUAUAAAUGGAAACAUAAGUGAGAAAGUUAGAUUGCCUAUAGAAGGUUAUUUUUGUGAUUCACCCGCAAAGGAAUAUGCACAUUUUGUUGUUGAGCGUAUAGGACCUAAUUCCACGGAUUCGCUGUUUGAUCUUAAUGGACUUUUGGCCAUGUGUCAACUGCAAGAUCAAAUUACUAGGGUGCCCGAUUACGGAGAAUAUUGUCAGCGUGAAUUGAUAAGCAAUAAUUGUUGUCGCCCCUGGUCUUUAUCAAAUUAUGCUGCUCUAUUAGCUAAUAAAAGUUCUUGCUUUGAUUUGACGCACGAGGAUGUUUUACUAUUAAACAAUCUCUUGUCAUCCUGUUUUGAAUACUUCCACGAUUUAAAGUUAAGCAACGAUUGCAGUGAAAUUAACAAAUGUUAUGCACCUUCGGAUUGUACUCGUAAUAAUAUAGUAUUUAAUAUUCUACACUAUUUGACUGACUAUAAUUUUAUAAAAAUAAAUGACACUAAUAUUUUUCUAAAAUACUCAAUGAUUUUUAUGCCAGUUCCACAUACAACAAAAAUUUUACCAUUAUUCCAUGAAUGGGAAAAAGUAGAUUUAAGCAAUGAAAUAGUACGCGUUGCAGCCAUGGAUUUAGGUUUGGAAAAUGAAUUAUUCAACGAAUUGCUUUUAACCGACGCAUGGCUGGUGGCAUUAGGCGGAGCUUUUGUUAUGACCUGUAUGUGGUUGUACACCACUUCAGUAUUUGUUACUUUAAUGACAUGUAUAGCUGUGAUAUUCUCAUUAGGUUUAGCUUAUUUUAUUUAUACUCUAGUUUUUGAAAUGACAUUUUUUCCAUACAUGAACUUGCUAGCUGUAGUAGUAAUUAUAGGAAUUGGUGCUGAUGAUGCCUUUAUUUUUGUUAAAAUUUGGCAAUGUGUUUUAAUGGAAAGAUUUUCGAAAAUGUCAACCGUGACAACAAAAUCUUUAACGAAUACCGCUGACACAGAACAAACGGAGACUUUGCAGAAUUUAAUGGCUCUAACGUUAAAACAUGCAUCCAUUUCAAUGUUUGUGACAUCAGUAACAACAGCGGGAGCCUUUUACGCUUCCUAUACAAGUUACAUAACAGCUAUAAAGUGUUUUGGGGUUUUUGCGGGCACUGCUGUUAUUACAAACUAUAUUUUGAUGAUCACUUGGUUACCAGCAUCUAUAUCGAUUAUGGAGCGUAUAUCUUCGCGUACAACAUGCAGCAAAUUGCAAAUUCAGAAACUGUUAAUAAUGAUCAAUAAGUCAAUUAAUAGUUUUUGCAUGAAAUUGGAAUCGUUUAUAACUGCAGCGAUUUUAAAUUAUGCUCCUCUAUGGUUUUCAAUAUUUGGUAUUCUUGGUAUUUGUAGUGCUAUUGUGGUCUUAUAUAAACCUGGACUGCAAUUACCAGAAAAUUCACAUUUUCAACUUUUUGUUUCCAAUCAUCCGUUCGAAAUAUACAAUUCAAAGUUGAAAAAUGAAUUUUGGUUUGAAAAAUCAAUGAUGAAUUUUGAAAACUACAAGUUCUCUUUACGUUUUGUUUGGGGAAUACAACCUAUUGAUGAUGGCGAUUACGCCAAUCCUUAUGCCUAUGGAAACUUACAUUAUGACAAUAAUUUUAAUGUAUCAUCAAAAGCAGCGCAAAUUUGGCUGUUAUCAUUUUGCCAAAAUAUUAGACAACAACCAUUUUAUCAAUUAACCUUUGGUAUGCUCUUACCAAAUUGUUUUAUAGAAAAUUUUAUAACGCUUAUGCAAAGAAUGUGUGUCAAUGAAAUGGAUUACUCCGACCGCACUCCAUGCUGUGAUAUUUCGAAAUUUCCCUAUGAACCGGAUGUUUUCGAUUUUUGUUUACCUCAAAUAAUUUCAUCACUUUAUGCUACGCCAAGAGAUUUUUUUUCGCCCGGAGUUGCUGGACCACGAUUUAUGGCUUCCACAAAGCUAGAUGUGAAUGCAAAUAAUUCGCUAAAUGAAGAUUUUGUUAAUGCAACAUGGGAAAAUACAACAAAUUCAACUGCAGCGCCACCCAUAGUUAAAGCAUUGGUAAUAGAAUUUGAAUCAAAUGUUUCCUACUCCACUGUAUACGACACUGUAAAAGAUUUUAUUAAAACCGUAGAGGAAUGGUUUCAAAAUGAGUUGAAAACCGCGCCACCCGAAAUGCAAGGCGGUUGGUUCAUUAGUGAACUAAAAUUUUAUGAUGUCCAAAAUACGCUACCCUCGGGAACGUUGGUGGCUAUAACAGUAGCUAUGACAGCCUCACUUGUAGUGCUGCUACUGGUCACUUUAAAUAUAUUGAUAUCAUUGUAUGCAGUGGUAACGGUUCUGCUAACAAUUUUCGUAACUGUGGCCAUACUCAUUGUGCUUGGUUGGAAAUUGAAUAUACUCGAGAGUGUUACAGUGAGUACGGCAAUUGGUUUAGCUGUCGACUUUAGUUUACAUUACGGUAUUCACUAUCGCCUCUCGCCUUCAUGCGAAAGACUAGCAGCCACACAAUUCUCAUUGUCACGUAUUAUUGGCCCAACUGCUAUGGCAGCAAUUACGACGGGUGUUGCUGGAGCUCUUAUGUUAUUUUCCAAUGUAUUGCCUUAUCUACAAAUCGGCAUAUUUCUAUUAGUUGUUAUGUCGGUUAGUUGGACUUAUGCCACGUUCUUCCUUAUGAGCCUGCUAAAACUAUUUGGCCCCCAAUACGGUUUUAUGCAAUUUCAAUAUCCUCGAGUGAAAAAACGUUCCAAUGCUAACGGCAUCAAAUUUUAUGAACGGAAACAAAAUCAUGUAACUAGAGAACAAUUACUAACACCAUCCAGUUCGGCUGUUGGAGAACUUAUUAAUUCUGAGUCGCAUGAAUUGGAGUCUCUGACAUCAAAUUCAAUGAUUAAAACUAUUUCAGGUACGGAAUGUUCAGCACAAAACUUUCCCUUGGAUUAUGAGAAUUUAUUUAAUACGAGAAACAAACCGUUGUCCAGCAUAACAUCACCCAUUACAAACCAUCAUCACAAGUGUCCAGCAUUUAUUAAAGAAAAUACCACCCAACCAAAUAUAACACUUAAUACUAAUACAACUACUACAGCUGCCGAAACGGAUAAUAUCUCAGACCAUAAACUUACGGAAAAUCAAAUCUAAAAUGAAUCUAUUGUUUUUCUUUUUCUGCUUAUGGUUAGUGCUACUCCAGACAUUAUAUGUUCCUUUAUUGAAAAGAAAACAAACAGAAUACAAAAAACAUAAGGAUAUCAAACCAGCUAAUUUAUUGAUAAGCGAAAAUGAAGUUCUAAAAAUUUCUGACUUUGGUUUGGCCCGACUUUAUUUUCCUGAGGAAGAAUCGAGGUUAUAUUCACCACAAGUUUCUACUCGAUGGUAUCGUGC